UCGAGCUUGUGACCUAAUUUAAUUUGACAUAGAUUGUGUAACUCUUGAAAUAUAGUCAUGCAAUUUGCUGAUUAAUCUUUUUCAUUAGGUCUACAUGCUAAACAGCACAGACUAAUACUUAAAACAUUUAUUGGAAGGACGAUUUUUCUGAAUUUCUCAAGGAUACGGGCUUAUCUAUAGAGAUGAAGUAGAUAAAGACAGAAGAAGGUCACGUAAGACGGUACUACAGUAGCGGUGGAAUUACGUGUCACAAAAUAUUUACAGAAUUACAGAUGUAGUUUUUCUUCAGUGAAUUUUAUUGUUAUAUAUACAGCUGAUACAUCAUUACUGAAAUAUCCACCAUUCACUUAUAAUAUAAUUCAUCAUUUCUUAUUCUCUAGUUUAAAAAUAUAAUACGAGGAAAAUGGUGGACAUUUUCUUGUACAGGUACAUAAUUUUUGUAACAAGUUACUGAGCCAUGCAGCCUUUUAAGGGACACCAUGCAUAUGUUCAAUGGAUCUUCCCAUGUAACCAUAACACCAGAGACCGUCCGGGAUACUUCGGUUGACGAUGUCUUGGUUUUUGUACUCGUUUUUGUCUCAGCUCUGGGGUUAAUCUUCAUCGUGUGUGGUGCUUACAAAAUCAGGGAAUGGUACAGGGGACGGAAUAGGGACAUCCCCGAUGAGCCUCCUGAACACGCAGACAAUCCCCCUCCGUACCCCGGGAAACUGUCCAAAUCAGACAUCAAUUACCUCCCCUCCUAUAACUCAGCUGUCCUGAUGCCGGUUAUUUCGGCGGAUACAGGGGGAUCCACUGUAUCUUCAGGGGAUACAAGAACGCACCAGUGGCCCUCAAGUGAGGGAGGGACACUAACAGUUCCUCCGCGGGGAGAUAAUGUGUGUCAGACAACGUCUACGUCAGAGGAGUCCCGAAUGACCUCUCCUGCCAGCCCAGAGGGAGCUGACUACGUACAAUCCGAUACCGUCCACCCGUCCAUAGAAAUAUCUGACCACGUACAAUCCAAUAUCGUCCACCCAUGCAUAGAAAUAUCCGACUACUCCAGUCACCCCUCUACAGACACACCUGACUCCCCCAGCAACUCUUGUUCUCCAGUUGUCUUUACUAUGUAGAAAAAAAAUAGAAAUUUCUGGCCAUAUCACCCCAAACCUCCCACCACAGACGUUGAUACUUUAACUUGUAUGCUCCAACCAACAAGGACAAAGUUCGGUUCAUUGACUUACAUAAGUCAUACAUUAUCUUUACAACUCAGUUCAAAGCAGCAG